CAGCAUCAGCCUAAGUAUGGCGUUAACAUACAUUCUCUUCCAAGUGGCGGUCGCCUUGCUGGCGAUCGUUAGUUACUAUCUCCACCGGAAGUUAACAUAUUUUAAGCGCAGGGGUAUUCCCUUCGAAACACCCCAUCCGAUCAGGGGUAACAUGCAGGAACUGCAGAAGACAAAGAACUUUCACCAAAUACUCCAAGAUCACUACGACAAGUUCCGGGAGAGCAAAGCACCGUUCGUUGGAUUCUACCUUUUCCAGAAUCCAGCCGCAUUUGUUAUUGACCUGGACCUGGCCAAGCAUAUUCUGGUCAAGGACUUCUCGAACUUCUCUAACAAAGGAAUGUUCUACAACGAAAAAGAUGACCCCAUUUCCGCACAUCUCUUCAACCUGGAUGGCCCCCAGUGGCGUUUGCUGAGGAACAAAUUAUCCUCGACUUUCACAUCCGGUAAAAUGAAGUACAUGUAUCCGACUGUAGUGUCCGUGGCCGAUGAAUUUAUGGCGGUGAUGCACGAGAAGGUAGCGAAGGACUCUGUGCUGGAAAUUCGUGAUCUGGUAUCCAGGUUUACGGUGGAUGUGAUCGGAACUUGUGCCUUUGGAAUCCAGUGCAACAGUCUGCGAGAUGAAAACGCCGAGUUUCUUUAUUUUGGAAAGCGGUCUUUAGUGGACAAGCGACAUGGUAUGCUAAUCAACGGUUUCCUACGCAGCUAUCCAAAGUUCGCAAAGAGUUUGGGUUUCGUUCGAACGGCGCAGCAUAUUCAGGAUUUCUAUCAUAGGAUCGUCACCGAAACUGUGGCAGUGCGAGAAAAGGAGAAUAUCAAGAGGAACGAUUUCAUGGACAUGCUCAUUGAAAUGAAAAAUCAGAAGCAAAUGACCCUGGAUAACGGAGAAGUGGUCAGAGGAUUGACCAUAGAGGAGGUCCUAGCCCAAGCUUUUGUGUUCUUUAUAGCUGGCUUUGAGACAUCCUCCUCCACCAUGGGAUUUGCUAUAUACGAACUGGCCAAGAACUCGCAUAUUCAGGAUAAGGUUAGAGCUGAGGUGGAGGAGGUCCUGGAGCAACAUGACCAAAAGUUCAUCUACGAGUGCACUAAGGAUCUCAAGUACCUUGACCAGGUUAUAAACGAAACUCUACGACUGUAUACCAUUGUACCCAAUCUGGAUCGAAUGGCCGCUAAGCGCUAUGUUGUUCCCGACCAUCCCAAAUUCGUCAUCGAGGCUGGUCAAUCGGUCAUCAUUCCAUCAUCCGCCAUACACCAAGAUCCCAGCAUCUAUCCCGAACCCUACGAGUUCCGGCCCGAACGAUUCUCCCCCGAGGAAUCGACCAACCGUCCUUCAGUUGCCUGGCUGCCUUUUGGAGAUGGUCCCCGCAACUGCAUUGGACUGAGAUUCGGACAGAUGCAGGCUCGCAUUGGACUUGCCCUCCUCAUCAAGAACUUCAAGUUUUCCACCUGCUCGAAAACUCCAGAGCCUCUCAUCUACGAUCCCCGUUCGUUUGUACUCGGCGUGAAAGACGGAAUCUAUCUGAAGAUAGAGGCGAUCUAG